AUGAAUCUGUCUUCAGUUUUGGCAGCAAACGAGCAGCAGCCGACGCUCGAGCAACUAGACACAUGGUGCGAGCAGGCACUCAGCUCACCGAGUCCCGAGCAGCGCGAAGAGGCUGAGCGGCGACUUCGCUACUAUUUUCCAACGUUCUCCGAGUCAUUGGCAGAGGUAUCUGGGGGCCUUGGGUUUGGAUCUGGCCAGAACCAGGUCAUGGCGGUCUUUCCGGCCAUCAAGGGCCCGGCUGACGCUGCCAAUUGGAUGACCAUGUUCUUGCGCCAGUCGUCAAAUGUCUUUUCUCUGUCUUAUAUCGUGCGCAGGCUGCGUGUCCUGAUCCUCAACCACUUGGGCGUCAUGGCCAACGAGCAGAAGAUUGACUUGCGCAACAGCCUUUUUGGCGUCAUCCAGGAAAAGUUUAUCGAGAUGCCCGGUUUUCUCAUCGACGACACCACGCGCACACUGGCGCUGGUUGUGAUGUUCACGUGGUUCGACCUGCCCGACUCGCCAGAGGUCAUUGACACAGUGCUUGAGAUGGCCAAAGCCUCAGACAAGCACCAGAUUCUGGCGCUGCAAAUGAUGCGCGCCUUUGUCGAGGAAUUCAACCGCGAGCUGCCGCCAAAGUACAUCUCCAAGCAGCGCCGCGUCGUAGUCACAUUCCGCGACAAGCAGCUCAAGAGCAUGUUCGAGCACUCGCUGCAGGCAAUGCGCAGUGCGAUCGGUGGCCUAUCGAGCCCAGACAACGCGGGCACAAAGUCCAUGAUUUUGUCACAGGCGCUCUUGGUGCAGCGGGACUGCUUGGCGUUUGACUUUAUUGGGCUGGCCCCCGACGAUCCUCGGACGACGCCCAGCCAGUUCAUCGAUGUGCUUGUGAUGAUUGCGUCGAUCCGCCGGUCGUUCUACAUGGAGUCUGUACGCUCGACCUUUGUCAAGCGCAUGUCUGCGGGCAUAGUCGAGAUCCUGAGCAAUGGGCUUGGCCUCGAGGACGUCGAAAACUACCACCACAUGUACCGGCUUUUGGCGCGGUUCCGCUGCAUCCACACGCUGGUCGAGAUCGAGGACUCGCCUGUCUAUCGUGAGUGCUGUCCAGCGUCGCUCAUUCUCGAUGACCGGGCUGACCCUGUGGCGAGCACCCACGACUCGCGCGACAACAGCAAUGCCGAGAUUGCUGGCGAUCUGAUUUCCAGCACAUUACCCGAGAUCGUGCGCGAGUACCUGCGCUCGAUGAUCCUGGUGACGAUGCGUGUGGUGACAGCCGAGUCAAUGGCAGACAGCCCGCUGGAGAACAUUGACGCUAUGGUGGACAGCAUGGCAUUGGUGGCCAACAUCGCACGCUCGCAGUACGACACCUGCGCGCCCGUCGUGCUCGAUAUCUUCCGCGAGAUGGCUGGCAAGUACCAGGCAUUGCUGAACUCGGGUCAAGCCAGCGAGGAGGCCGUGGUGGUGAUCGAGAGCCAGUUGGCGUGGCCGGUGUACGCGGUUGCGCAGUGCAUCAAUGCCCGGCAGCCGUACAAGUCUCUCCCCGAGGACGACCGCCACGACGCCGAGAUGUUUGCCACUGGGCUGGAGCUAGACCGCCUCGUGCAGCAGCGCAUCCAGAGCAACAUUGCAGCGCCACCCAACGAGGCGCUCGAGCUUGCAUUCCUGCAGCUGUACCAGUGCUUCCGCACGAGCUACAUCGGCGAGCAGAACUACAAGACAACGGCCGUGUACGCCAAGCUCUCGUCUUUUGUCGGCCUCAACGACAGCGCCAGCGUCCUGGAGCUCAUUUUGCAGAAGGUUCUGUUCAACUUCCGCACGUGGCAGGCGCAGUCGCAGGUCAUCCAACGGUCUCUGCAGCUGUUCCACGACAUGUCAGUUGGCUACGUCAGCGUGCGCCAGGUGGCCAAGCUGGACACCAUCAAGUUCUUGCUCGCCAACCACAGCAGCGACCAGUUCCAGUUUUUGCGCAGCAUCGACGAGUACAAGCAGCGGUCGAUGUACUAUGCGGGCCUGGCGCGCAUUCUGUUUACGGGUGACACUCCGCCUGCACAGUUUGCCGGGUUUAUGCGGCCCUGGGCGCAGAUCAUCGACGAGCUGCUGGGCUUGUCUGACGCGCAGUUCGCGCAGGACGCUGUCCGCCCGGGGCUGGUUCGGAUCCUGCGCGACCUGCGGGGCUUCCUGUCGGCGAUCUCGUCCAAGGCCAACUACACAAUGUUUUUUGAGUGGAUCAGCGCCGGCCGCAUGCGCCUGGCGCACCGCAGCCUGCAGGUCAGCGGUGACUCGCGAGUGCAGGUCGCCGCGCUCAAGUUUAUGUCCGAGUUUGUGUACAAUCGCACGCAGCGGCUGAACUUUGAAGUGACGUCCCCCAACGGCAUUCUGAUAUUCCGCGAGGCCAGCGCCGCCAUAUGGGAGUACGGCAACGCGGUCCUCAAGGGCUCCUACCCCGUGCACAACGUCUACAAGGACAGAUACAAGGGCGUUUCCGUGUGCUUCACGACGCUGAUGCGGCUGAUUUCGGGCAAGUACGUGGCGAUUGGAGUUAUGCCGCUGUACGGCGACACUGCUCUGGAGCACGCAUACCGUAUUGUGCUGGAGCUGCUCAAACAGCUGCCUGUGGCCGAUGUCAUUGCUUACCCGAAGCUUGGAAAGGCCACGAUGACCAUGCUCGAGGUGUUGCUGGCCAAGACCAACAUUGAGCUGGUCGGUCUGGACGAGGGCGCUUACGAGCAGAUAAUGCGCCUGUGUGUCGAGGCGUUCGACCACGCCGAGACAGCCGUGUCGUCUGCCGCGUGCAGCGUCAUCGACGGCGUGCUUACAGCAGCUAUUGAGGGCACAGACUCGGGCAAGUUCCAAGACUUGGCCAAGCUCGUGCGCAAACGCUCCGAUAUUAUCAAGUACUUGCUGCGCACAAUGCUCAAUGUCGUUUUGUUCGAGGACCGGCCCAACGACUGGUCGUUCUCGCGCCCAUUAUUCUGUCUCAUUGUGCUUGAUGGCGAGUUUGCUCUGCAGUACACCAGCCAAAUUGUGCAGUAUCAGCCGACCGAACGCCGCGAUGAUCUGAUCAAGGCGCUGAAGGACCUGUUGUCAGCCGCAGAAUUUGUGCUGACCGUGAGCAAUCGCGAUUCAUUUACCCAGGCCCUGACACAUUAUCGCAGAGAGGUGACUUCGAAGAACCUUAUUUUGAUGGUCCCCACCAACCAGACGCUGGGCUCUUCAGUUGACAUCAUGGCGCAUAUUCCUGCGGAUACUGAUGCUGCUGCCACUGCUGCGGGCAGCAAGGACAGCGCUUCUGCUGGCCGUAGUGGUGGACCGAAGCCUGCGGAUAACGAGGAGCUGGAAAUGGUUGAUUAA